UCCACUGAUCACUUUUUCCCUCGUGAUCGAAAUCAAUCUUGCGAGAGAAGAAACAUUAAUCGAUCGCGAUCAUCGUCAAUGGGUAGCAGCGGCGGCAAUUCGAGCAAGAAAACGAUGGGCCGUCGGAAGAUCGAAAUCAAGAAAAUCGAGAAGAAAACCAAUUUACAGGUCACAUUCAGUAAACGCCGCACGGGGCUGUUCAGAAAAGCCAGCGAGCUCAGUGUUCUCUGCGGUGCGGAGAUCGCGAUCCUCGUCCAGUCGCCGGCGGGGAAGAUUUUCUCGUUCGGGAACCCAUCUGUGGAAUCGGUUCUCAGCCGUUUCCAAAAGGGGGGGAGUUUGCCGCCGCCGCCGCCGCGGAAUGUCGGCAUUGGAGAGAACCGCAUAGGCGAGUACGCGGAGGAAGUGAAGAGACUGGAAGGAGAAAAAGAGAUGGAAAAGAGUGUGAAGGAGAAGGAGAGGGAAUUGUGGUGGGACGAACCCGUGGAGAGUAUGGAACUGCAUGAACUGGAGGAAUAUGCGAAAGCACUGGAGGGGUUGAGGGAUAAUGUUGUUCAUCGAGUGGAGGAGAUGGAGAAACAGAAACUGAUCAUCGUUGAUGAUAAUGCGUUUGGAUCGUUGGAUCUUAUGGAUCAUGAUGAUACAGUUGAGUCCAGUUCAAAUGGCGGCGGAUUCACUGCAGUUGAGUUUAAUGAAGAAGAAUUUGAUGGAUGUUGGGAAGGUGUAAGAAUGGAGGGUUAUGAUCAUCUGCUAGCUGAAAUGGAUGCAACUGACGAGUGUUUAUCUUUUCUGGACGUCUAUCCAAGUCUUUGGGAUACAUAAUCAUUAGCUUAUAAUUGUUUAGACUAUGUAAAGGUUCAUGGUCAAAGUUUGGCAUUCAUCAUAGCUAUAUAUCAUUAGAUUUUUGGGAAAUUAUGAAAUUUUGUGUCAUGAAUGAAUUGUGAA